AUGCAGAACCAAGCACCACAUUGCGCCCGAGCCUUGCCUGCAGAAGCUCAUUCUGAAUUGAAGAAGCAAAGAAGCAAAGAAACCAAGAAGCCCGCUUGCAGUGUACAGUACGUGAUCCGUAACGCCCAGGAACACCAAGGUGAAGAAAUGUUUAAAGGAACGCAAACGAAAGACAAAACAAACUGGCUGUGGAAAUCAGUCUGGUGGCAAAAGAUGCGGUUGGUUGAAAUCAAGGACAUCGCUGGUAAUUCGUUCGCAAAGCAGGAAGAUGGGAGAGGGAGACUAUAG